AUGGUGCCUGUCGUCCCGGCGCCUGGAGUCUACUUCGCAUCUAUCCGGCUCAAAACCGACAAGCCAAUUCCGUAUGUGUUCGGCAACACCUCAGAAGAUACUGGAAAGAAGAAAACUCAACAGUACACCCAGAUCAAGAAGUCUUUCUUCCAGAUCGUCAUGCGCGAGUGGCCUUCUCAGCAGUACACCCAAAUCAAGAAGUCUUUCUUCCAGCGCGGAGAAACCCGCUUCGACCUCGGCGGUGGUGUUGAGGCUUUCAAGGGUGUCUUCUUCUAUCGACAACACACGAUUCCAGCUAUGUUUCACGAAAACAAUGACAGUAGUGUAUCAUGGGGUCUGGUUCUUCUGAACGCAAGAGAUUCGAUCGAUCCGACAUGA